AUAUAUAUAUAUAUAUAUAUGUAAAGCGGCAACAGUGAAGAGAAAAAUGAAGGUGAAAAAAAGAAAGGAGUAGGCAUUAUGAUGCUCUCUUUGGCCAUCGUAGGGUUUUGCACUUCGGUUCUAUUUUGUUACAUAAUUGCAUGGUUGAAAACUAAGAGGAUCAGAGAGGCUUUUAGGGAGCAAGGGAUCGAGGGGCCGCCGCCGUCGUUCAUCUCCGGUAAUCUACGGGAGAUGACAAGGAGGAGCCCGCGGCCGGCGACGGCGGCGACGGUGGCGAAGGGACGAGGUUUUGUUGACUAUUCGCAAGCUCUCUUUCCUUAUUUCACUCAAUGGAGCAAAGAUUAUGGGCCAACAUAUUUAUACUGGAUGGAGAGGAGACCUGCAUUGUAUGUGACAGAUCCUGGUCUAAUUAAGGACAUAAGCUUGUGCGUAUCAUUGGAUCUGGGAAAGCCAAGGCACCAUCAGAAGGGUCAAGAGCCCUUGUUUGGUCAGGGUAUUUUAAAGUCAAAUGGACCUGUUUGGGUCCACCAGAGAAAGAAAAUUGCACCAGAGUUUUACAUGGAUAAAGUGAAAGUGAUGGUGGAGCAGAUGACAGAAGCAGCAAUCCCAGUAAUGGGUUCGUGGAAAAGCACUGUUGAUCAGCAGGGUGGCACGGCAGUCAUAGUGGUGGAUGAAGAUUUAAGGGGCUUCUCUGCUGACGUCAUCUCCAGGGCUAUUUUCGGAAGCGAUUAUUUGAGAGGGAAGGAGAUCUUCGUCAAGCUCAGGGCCCUCUUAAAGCUCAUAGCAGAGCCGAGCCUCCUCUUUGAACUCCCUUAUAUGAGGUGUCUACCGACGAAGAGGAACCGAGAAAUACGGCGACUGGAGCGAGAGGUUCGGGUUCUGAUACUCGAUGCAGUGAAGGAACGAAGAGAAACUCCCACAACCUCUAGCCAGGAGAAGGAUCUCCUGGGUUCAAUAUUACUAGAGAGCGAUCGCGGCGCAACUCAAACCCCUUCCGAGGACUUCGUAGUCGACAACUUGAAGAACAUCUACAUCGCCGGGCACGAGACGUCGGCUGCCACCGCCGCCUGGUGCCUCAUGCUCCUCGCCGCCCACCCGGAGUGGCAAGAUCGCGCUCGCGCAGAGGUUACGGAGGUGUUGGAUGGCGGCCGCCGACCGUUGGACUGGGAGAUGCUCCAGAAGAUGAAAACUUUAACAAUGGUGAUCCAAGAGACACUACGUAUUUUCCCUCCCUCAUCCUUCGUGGUGAGGGAGACGUUCCGGGACAUAACGUUAGGCGGCGGCAGCGGCGGGGGGGGGGGGGGGGGGGGGGGGGGGGGGGGCGGGCUCCGUAUCCCCGACGGUGUGAGCCUGUGGAUUCCGACAAGCACGGUGCACCACGACAAGGCGGUGUGGGGCGCAGACGCCGACGAGUUCAAGCCCGAGAGGUUCGCGAGCGGCGUCGCGGUGGCCUGCGGGCAUUCGCAAGCGUACAUGCCGUUCGGAUUGGGAGCCCGCACGUGCGUCGGCCAAAACUUCGCCAUGGUGGAGCUCAAAGUUGUGCUCUCCCUCGUCCUCCGCAGCUUCACUUUCGCGAUCUGUCCCAGUUACCGCCACUCCCCGGCUUUUCGGCUCAUCGUUGAGCCUGAAUUUGGAUUGCCUCUUGUAAUGAAGAGAUUGUGAAAAUAUGAACCUUGUGCAUGAAUCGAUCCCUGAAAAGAAUU